AUGACGAAUACCACCCCCCGUAGGCUUCUCUGCCCCAUCAGCGAGACUACCAAACGUCCCAAUGCGACCCUCAAACGUUUCCCCAGAGGCAGCCGCUUACAGUCUCGUCCUUUCUAUACUACGGUCCUCAUUCUAUCAGUCCUGACUGCGUAUUCAUUUUUGUCGCAUACAACCUUCGCGCAGUCCGUUUCCAAUCGCGCGGCAGAUCCCGAUCUGCUCUUCAAGCGCAGUUCCUCUAUGGUCGAAACACCCGAGUGCAAUCAAAUCCACGACGCUGUAGACAAAUGCGCCUUUGUGCGCAAAUACUGCAACGAUGAUGAUGCUGGGCUUAUACACUAUAUUGAACUGUAUUAUUGCUCUUUCGGUAAUGCAAGACCCGUCGCAUUCACAGCUCUCGUGCUUUGGCUGGGCCUCCUCUUCACCACCAUCGGCAUCGCUGCAAGUGAUUUCUUCAGUGUCAACCUAAGCACGAUAGCGACAGUUCUUGGUCUGAGCGAGAGUUUGGCAGGCGUCACAUUCCUCGCCUUUGGCAAUGGGUCUCCCGAUGUGUUCAGCACCUUUGCAGCCAUGGGCUCUAACAGCGCCAGCAUGGCCGUUGGAGAGCUGAUCGGCGCGGCAAGCUUUAUCACAGGUGUCGUUGCUGGUUCUAUGGCAUUGGUGAGGGAGUUUCGUGUUGAUCGGAAGUCAUACACACGCGAUAUUUGCUUCUUCAUUCUUGCGGUCGUCUUCACCAUGAUCUUCCUAGCUGAUGGCCACCUUCACUUGUGGGAGUGUUGGGUGAUGAUAGGCUACUAUGGAGUGUAUGUCGUUACUGUUGUAACAUGGCACUGGUACUCCACGAGACGCAAAGCUAGACAACGCAGAGAAGGCGAAGCGCGCAGCCAUGUGUAUGCAGCCCUAGGUCACUCGGGGGACGAGUUGGCCGGCGAGCCAUAUAGAGACGACCCAGAUGAUGCUGGCUCGGGCCCUGGCACUGCGCACGCUACGCCGCCUGAUAUCUCGCUCCUUGAAGCCGGACCCAGAAUCGAGGUUGACGGUACGCCUCAGCGAGCUGGAAGCGACACGUCUAGUGAAGACCAUGAUCGCAUGGUUGCAGCCGAGGUUGCCAGCAGCAUGCGAGUUCUGCGAGGUCGUGGAGUUCGACGAAACACAAUGACGCCCAUCCGACCUAGUCUUGUAGGUGCACUGGAAUUUCGGUCUGCUUUGGCGCAGUUACAGCGCGAGGGUAAUUUACAGCUGUCGACAAUCCCAGGAAGAAGCUACUCGGAUUAUCAUGUGCACAGGCGUAGGCAGACCACCGCAACAAUCGCGGAAUCAGCUCGGUCUGAUGGCCAGUUUGACCCCACUACUGGUGAGCACGCACCCAUAAGGAACAGAGCACUCUCUUCUGGAGACGUCCCAGUUGGUGUGCCUGCUCACCCAGACCUACACAUUCCGCGCCGCAACGGAUCUGAACCGACGUUGUCCGUUCCUGGCUCAACAGCCAGUGGAACGAGGGCAUCAAGCCCCAGCCCAUCCUACACUGUAGGAGGAAACUUGGCAGCGCCUCCUGUCGGUCCUAGUGGGACCACCCACGAUGCGUCUCCAGAAGACCAGAAAGGACAGCUGCUGACUCCCGAGCUUCGUCUGCAAAUACCUUCCAGCCGACGUAGCAGUUACAGCGACCGCUCCUCGCCCAACACGCCUUUCCCUAUGUACAGUGACUCGCCAGCACUGCUUACGCCCAAUUACCAGAAUGACCCAAUUGAGUUCGUCUCGCCAGGAGGAGUAUCACCCAAUACCGUAGCACCGGGUCCAGCAAGCCGUGAGACACCCUUUGCCGACUUGCAACUGACAGUCGAUGCCCCGUCACGUCCUGUUAGAUGGUGGCCUUAUGCCGUGCUACCAGCUCCCCAUGUCUUGUGGGCAACUUUGUUCCCUACAUUGCAAGGCUGGAAAGAGAAGACGGCAUGGGACAAGUUUGUCAGUGCCAUCUCUGUACCAAGUAUCUUUCUUUUGGUGGUGACUUUGCCCGUCGUAGACUCAGAAACAACAGACGGCGAAUCAUCUAUCCUCGAAGCACUCAACGACCACACCGAUCAUUACCAUCACGAUCAUCAAGGUGUUGGGCACAUGGCUCCGCCCAUAUCAAUCGAGCACUCGGCGAUUGAGCCAGAAGGAGAGUCGGAAUGGGAGCGUUAUCGUAGACACACCAUCACAAGUCGUGGCAACAGUCACGUUGGCCUUGCGACGACACCAUCUACAGCACAUGCUGCAGAUGGAGAGACCUUGGCCGCCUCGCAGUUCUCUCUGGGUCCACCGGCCAUAGUGGCAAAGCCAGCUUCAGAUUUCCAUUCCUCCAGCAGUGUCAAGAAUGACUGCACAGGCUGGAACCGAUGGCUCGUGGCGCUACAACUAUUUACUGGUCCCCAGUUUGCUGUCCUUGUGUUUUGGGCCAAUACCUUGGAGGACUGGGAGAGCCCUCAUAAAGCUUUGAUCCGUAUGGUGUUAUACACACUCCUGGCAUCUCUCAUUCUUCUCGGUGUCUUGGUCGUUUUCACGUCAGAGGAUAGACCCCCUCGUUAUCAUUACAUGCUUUGCUUCAUGGGAUUCAUUAUUAGUAUUGCUUGGAUCUCAACCAUCGCAGGCGAGGUUGUGGGGGUUCUCAAGACGGUUGGAGUAAUUUUGAAUAUCUCGGAAGCGCUACUGGGUCUCACCAUAUUUGCUGCUGGCAACAGUGUGGGGGAUCUAGUCGCUGAUAUUACAGUAGCACGGCUUGGGUAUCCCGUGAUGGCUUUAUCUGCUUGCUUUGGUGGCCCUAUGCUGAACAUCCUUCUGGGCAUUGGUAUCGGCGGUGCCAUGAUGACAAUCCAGAAGGCAAACAAGAAGCAUCGCAAGAACCCCAGCCAUCCCAUCAAGUACAAGCCUUACCGCAUUCAAGUUGGAGGGACGCUGAUGAUCUCAGCUAUCACACUGCUUGUCACACUGGUGGGCUUGCUUAUUGUUGUGCCCAUGAACAAAUGGAUCUUGAGUCGCAAGAUUGGAUGGGGACUGAUCACUCUCUGGGCAGUGAGCACAAUCGUAAACGUGAUCGUCGAGCUUACUGGAGCUUGGGGUGAAAUGGCAUAG